CACCCCGGUCGCCCGGCCAGCGGGACGCGCGUGCCGUCCAGAACCCGACGGGGGCGGGCCCGCGGGCCCGGGACCGCGCGGCCGGGGCCUCGGGAUUCGCCGGCCGCUUCCCCCGGGAGCCGCCGCGGCAAAGCCGGGUUGGGGCGGCCGGGCCCGGCCAGCGCCCUCUAGGCAGCGGAAGUGGAGCUUGCUUUACAUCCGUCCUCCCCGCCUCGCAGAGUUGGGAGAAGGAAGGCUGGGGGGGUGUGGAAAAAUAAAGGAAAAGUCCUUGCACCAUGUAGAUCAGCGCCCCCCACCCUGGCACCCCGGCCGGCCGGGGCCUCCCAGUCUGCGCCAUGAACGCGAGCGGCGAGGGCGAGAGCUUCCCGGGCUCGGUGCAAAUUCCAGGUGGCACAACGGUGCUGGUCGAGCUGACUCCUGACAUCCACAUCUGUGGCAUCUGCAAGCAGCAGUUUAACAACCUGGAUGCCUUUGUAGCUCACAAGCAAAGUGGCUGCCAGCUGACCAGCGCGUCUGCAGCGGCGCCCAGCACUGUCCAGUUUGUAUCCGAGGAAACAGUGCCUGCCACCCAGGCGCAGACGGCCACCAGGACCAUCACCUCGGAGACCCAGACGAUCACAGUUUCAGCUCCUGAAUUCGUUUUUGAGCAUGGCUAUCAAACCUACCUGCCCACGGAAAGUAACGAAAACCAGACAGCCACGGUCAUCUCUCUCCCUGCCAAGUCUCGUACCAAAAAGCCUGCAACCCCACCUGCUCAGAAGAGGCUUAACUGUUGCUAUCCAGGUUGCCAGUUCAAAACUGCCUAUGGCAUGAAGGACAUGGAGCGUCACUUAAAAAUCCACACAGGAGACAAACCCCACAAGUGUGAAGUGUGUGGCAAGUGCUUCAGCCGGAAGGACAAGCUGAAGACGCACAUGCGGUGCCACACGGGCGUGAAGCCCUACAAGUGCAAGACGUGUGACUACGCCGCCGCGGACAGCAGCAGCCUCAACAAGCACCUGCGGAUUCACUCUGACGAGCGGCCCUUCAAGUGCCAGAUCUGCCCCUACGCCAGCCGCAACUCCAGCCAGCUCACCGUGCACCUGCGCUCCCACACGGCAUCAGAGCUAGAUAACGAUGUCCCAAGAGCAGCCGGCCUCCCUGCUGAAAACAGCGACACCGAGAAGGUCCCUGCCAUCACCCUUCCCUCAGAAUCGAGGGAACAGACAGCCACCCUUGGAGAGAGGACAUUCAACUGUUGCUAUCCAGGUUGCCACUUCAAAACCGUUCAUGGCAUGAAAGAUUUGGACCGCCAUCUAAGAAUCCACACGGGAGACAAACCGCACAAGUGUGAGUUCUGUGACAAGUGCUUCAGCCGGAAGGACAACCUGACCAUGCACAUGCGGUGCCACACCAGCGUGAAGCCACACAAGUGUCACCUGUGUGACUACGCCGCCGUGGACAGCAGCAGCCUCAAGAAGCACCUGCGGAUUCACUCUGACGAGCGGCCGUACAAGUGCCAGCUCUGCCCCUACGCCAGCCGCAACUCCAGCCAGCUCACCGUGCACCUGCGCUCCCACACGGGGGACACCCCCUUCCAGUGCUGGCUCUGUAGCGCCAAGUUCAAAAUCAGCUCGGACCUGAAAAGGCACAUGAUCGUGCACUCGGGGGAGAAGCCUUUCAAGUGCGAGUUCUGCGACGUCCGCUGCACCAUGAAGGCGAACCUCAAGUCUCAUGUCCGCAUCAAGCACACCUUCAAGUGUCUGCACUGCGCCUUCCAGGGCCGGGACCGGGCCGACCUCCUGGAGCACAGCCGGCUGCACCAGGCCGACCACCCCGAGAAGUGCCCCGAGUGCAGCUACUCGUGCUCCAGCGCGGCCGCCCUGCGCGUGCACAGCAGGGUCCACUGCCAGGACCGUCCCUUCAAGUGCGACUUCUGCAGCUUCGACACCAAGCGGCCCAGCAGCCUGGCCAAGCACAUCGACAAGGUGCACAGGGACGAGGCCAGGACGGAGAACCGGGCCCCGCGGGGCAAGGAAGGGCCCAGAGAGGGCGGCGCUCAGCACGUGGCCAAGAUAGUGACCCAGCGGGCCUUCCGCUGCGAGACCUGUGGUGCCUCCUUCGUCAGGGAUGACUCCCUGAGGUGCCACAAGAAGCAGCACAGCGACCAGAGUGAGAACAAGAACUCGGACCUGGUCACCUUCCCACCCGAAAGCAGUGCCUCCGGGCAGCUGGGCGCCCUGGUCUCCGUGGGGCAGCUCGAGGCGUCCCUGGAGCCCAGCCAGGACCUCUAGCCCCGCCAGGGAGGACCGUCCCUUCUCGGGGACUCCAGGCAAAUGCCGUUUCCCGGCCUCCAAGGCGAGGCCGUGCAGCCAGACUUAGGGCAGCUCCGGCUUCAGAGCCUCAGGGCCAUGGCUGAGGUGACAGUGGCGUGAGGACAGAGCUACGCCGUGGAGAAACUCCUCCACGUUGCCGUCUUCCCUCCAAGAAUUACCUGAGCAGACCGACUUGGUGGUUCGGAGUUGGGUCCGCUGAGCACUGCUCUACAUCCUGUGCGCAGAGCUGCUUCGUGAUGGAUUCCAACUUUAAAACUCAUCCAUCCCGGAUGGAAUUAAACCAGGCAGGUGACACAGAAAACUUCUCUGUAUCGGGAUGGGCUAGGUGAGGAAGGGAUACGCGGAGGAUCUGGGGUGGUUGUUACGAGUGUUCGCCUCAUGCAUUUGUGGUUUUCUUAUCUGUUGUCUUACAAUAAAGGCAGACUCAUGGCAUUGAUAGAACGAUGUAAAAGGAACGCUCCAGUCUCUGCAUUCCUCUGCAGACAGGCGAUGGUGGGGGUUCUCCAUCCUCCACCCCAUCCGGUACCUUCAUUAUCAGUUGGGCACGUGGGGUUUCUCAGCGAGUCAGUGCUGCAGCUAAGCGAGAUACACAGUGUGACCUGUAGGUGGCGCCAAAGAUCAAGCUAACACCAACCCAGCCUGUGACUGCGAAUUGUGGACUUCAAGAUCCCGUAUAUUUUCAUUCACGAAGAAAAGCCCAGGGAGCCCUGGGCGGUUGGGUCUGGAAUAUGAUGUGCGGGACAGCCUCCGACCAGCCUCUCUUUCAUCACAGACAGCCUUUAAUGUUGGAACCAACCAACAACUGAAAAUCCACCCUUCCCGCAGAUGGACCCUGUAUUCAACUGACGCUUAGAAAGCAAUGGAAUCUGAGUGGAUGUAUCUUAUCCAAGUUGCUUUGUUUGCUCUACUUGGGCAUCUUUUUUUUUUUUUUUUUCAAAUACUGCCUUUUUAAAAAAUAUAAAUUCUUGUGUGCCCUCGA